UCGAUCCACUUUUCGACUCCCUUUGCUCGCUUUGUUGGUCCAGUUUUAGUUUUCCACUUGUUCAGCUCUCGGAUUGUCCCCCUACUGAUCAAUAACGAUAUCUCACACUCACGCUUCUCGCCACUGCAGCCGAACGAACAUCCGGAUUCUCAAACAAAAUAACAAAUCCUUCAUGGAGCCCUCAGUUGAGCAUAUUGAGCCAGUUACACCAGAAUCGGUAGAUGAACUUCGUCUUCGAUUGCAGAAUAUGAGGAAACUCAUGGAAGAUAGAAUCGGAACUCCCAUAUAUAACGAAGAAAGACGCGUGGGUGUAGGAGUGAUUGAUGGAAACUUUUUGAGCAUAACUUUCGGUGUGGCUUUAGUUGUUAUUAUAUCUGUUAGUGUAUACGCUUUUUACAAUUUAUACCUUGCUAUUUUGAAGAAAUUUUCAGAUACUCACGAUGAAUUGUAAACAUAUUUUUAUUGAUUUUUUUUACUUAGCAAUAAAAUUUAAACAGGGUUUUCAAAAA